AUGUACCUUUUCUACACACCAAUCAAAGUCGUGCUAGGGCUCCGCGAGUGUGUACGUACGCGCGUUUGGCCAGGAGGCGUGUUCCAAACCCUGGUAGAGAAGCACUUCCCGGCUCCGGAUCGAGAGCGAAUCAACCGCCUCCUCGGUCUCGAGCCGAAAAAGCCUGCCCUCGCCCCCCUCCCGCCCGUCGCCAACGGCAAGAACGGCCACGACGACGACGCUAACUCGUCCAAGAGAAAACUGACGUCGCGGCAACAAGCCAACAUGGCUGCGAAACGCGCCCGCGGCGGCUCCUCCAGCGACGAGUUCUUCCGCGGUUCCGAAGACGAGUUGGAGCUAGAGGGGGACUCCGACGAGGAGAGGCGCGUCUCCGACUCCGACCUCAGCGACUCCAACCCUUUCCAGUUCAGCGGCAGCGACAUCGACGACGAACCGUGGGUGAACCGGAAGAAGAAACAAAGGAAGAAGAAGAAGACGACGGCCAAGAAGAAGAAUACCACCCAGGAUAAGAUCGAGACGAUGUUCGAGAAAAAGAACAGUACGACAGCGCCCACUGUCACCGUCACCACCCACAGCGGGCAGAGCCUCACGGGGACCCCCGUCGGAACCAACGGCCUCUAUCUGGGCCCAUCCCGCAAAGUAGCGCCUCCUCGGUCGGCCAUCGAGCGCGCCUGCAGCAUGAAGGAAGAGCUACUGGCGAACAUCGAGAGGCUCGGACGAAGGCUGCCCCCCAACACUCUCGACCAGCUCGUCGACGAGUUGGGCGGGACGGAUAACGUCGCCGAGAUGACCGGUCGCAAAGGGCGCGUCGUGCAGACCGAAGACGGGCAGAUCGUCUACGAGAGUCGAGCGGAGGCCGACAUCCCCUUGGAGACGCUCAAUCUGGCCGAAAAGAAGCGAUUCAUGGACGGGGAGAAGGAUGUCGCCAUUAUUUCGGAAGCCGCUUCCAGUGGAAUUUCGCUGCAGAGCGAUAGAAGAGCGAGGAAUCAAAGGAGAAGGGUUCACAUAACUUUAGAAUUGCCUUGGUCAGCCGACAGGGCGAUACAACAAUUCGGGCGCACGCAUCGGUCCAACCAGGUCAACGCCCCGGAGUACAUUUUCCUGAUUUCGGACCUCGCGGGCGAGAGGCGCUUCGCCUCGACGGUGGCGAAGCGCCUCGAGUCUUUAGGUGCGCUCACGCACGGAGACCGGCGUGCUACUGAAACCAGAGAUCUCAGCCAGUUCAACAUCGACAACAAAUAUGGACGGACGGCCCUAGAGGCAGUGAUGAAGGCGAUAAUGAAGUACGAGAAUCCGCUGGUGGCACCUCCGAGCGACUACCGCGGCGACUUCUUCCAAGACCUGGCUUCCGCGCUCGUGGGCGUCGGCCUCAUCGUCAACAGCGAGCAUCAGCCCGGCGUACUAGCUUUAGACAAGGACUACAACAACAUGUCAAAGUUCCUCAACAGAAUACUAGGAAUGCCAGUGGAUCUGCAGAACAGGCUCUUCAAAUACUUCACGGACACAUUAGCGGCGGUGAUGGAACAAGCAAAACGCAGCGGCCGCUUCGACAUGGGCAUAUUGGACCUGGGCAGCGCGGGUGAGUGCGUGCGCCGCGUGAGGUGCGUCACCUUCCUGAGACGGCACGCCACGGGCACGGCGCCCGUCGAGCUGCACACCGUGCUCUGCGAGCGAGGCAUGGACUGGUUCGACGCCAUGGAGAAAAACGAGGACAGUAUGGGCGCCGAGGGCUUCUACCUGUCGCAGCAAGCUAGGAACGGGAAGUACACUGCCAUCUUGUGUUUGGCCGCCAACAGCACCAGAGACAGAAACCUGCCAGAGAAGGACAAGACUUAUCAGCUUUAUAGACCAAACACGGGUCUCCAAUUGCGAGUGGAGACUUUGAGCGAGAUCUUGAAGAAGUACAAAAAAGUGAGUCCCGAAGAAGCCGAGGGCGCGUGGAAGGCCCAACACGGCGCCUCAUUGAGAGUUUGCUCGCACGCCUACUGGAAGGCGGUGUGCAGGAACUCCGCCGAGUGCGAGGUGGGUCUGCGCGUGCGCACGUAUAACGUGCUGGCGGGGUCGGUGCUGGCGGUGUGGGCGCGCGUGGAGGCGGCGCUCGCAGCGAGAUCUCACUACAACAAGAUGCAAGUCGUUCGACUCAAGACCGACGACGGCCUCAAGAUCGUCGGUACCCUCAUACCAAAGAACUGCGUGGAGCCCCUGAAGGAGACGCUCGCCUCGGACGCGGUGUCCGUGACAGAGCACAAGUUCGACACGGCCGACAUGAAGUGA